CGACGACUUUCAGUUUUUAUUUGUGGCUUCUGUGCCUUCUGUACUAGAUACCUCCAGCGUUAGUCAUUUAUGCCCCUCGGUUUCCUUUUUUAUUCUCUAUUUUUUCAGCCACGUUCGCUUUUCUUGAUUGUUUUCAAUGACGGACGACGGGAAAUCUCACGGGACGCGGAAAAUGAAGCGCGCCUUCUAGGUAUUGUGGGUUUUGUGUUUUUCUGCGUUUUGCGGACUCUGGGUUUCCCACCGCACUUACUACGCGGUUCAAAGGAUGGCGUCUCAGCGACACAUGGGAAGCGGCGAGAAGCCGACACGGCGUUUUUUCUUUACUUUUUCUCUUUUUUUCUGUCAUGGCGGUGGGCGACGGCAGGAUCGCGUGCCGCUGCUCUGGGGCUUCCAGCCUACGGGCUUGCUCCUCCUGUUUCUGUCUUUUCUUGUUCUUGGAUCACAUGUGGUCGACGGCACUAGCGGGCGCAUUUGUCUGUUUCUAAAAGCGUGGCGCGGAAGGGAUGGGCGCUCUGUUUGUCGCUGCCGCUACUGUCGCCGCCGCCGUUGCUUUCUGCACCUCGUUCCUUCCUUGCCUUCUUCCUUCUCGCCCUCGGGAGCAUACCGUUCGGCUGGGUUCUUCAUGGUUCUCGCGAGUGACAUUGCUGAGGAGGUGGGGUUACGACAAAAAAGACGGGACGGGACGGGACGGAAUGGGAUGGGACGGGAACAUGGCGAGGCAAGCAGGCAGGCAGGCAGGCAGGCAGGCAGGCAUGCAUGCAUGCAAGCGCUGCUGGCUGGCUGGCUGGGAGGGUUUUCGGGUGUAAUGAACGGACAAACAAACACGGAAGAAGACACUGGCUGGCUGGCUAGCUGGCAAACAGGCCCCUCGCAUCUCCUCGCUGUCUCUCUUCCUCGCGGAUGGGACGGCUCGGCAUGAUGACUUGGGAUGAGCUGCCCGCGCGUAUACAUGCGUCCGUUUGUACGCAUGCGCGCUGAAUGAAUAUAUUUGUGGUCCAUACUGUUCACUGUUGUUGUGGCGGCUGGCUGAUUGGCUUGGCUGCUGAUUUGGUUGCUUGUGCGAUGUGUGAUGUGUGAUGAGUGAUGAGUGAGUGGAUGCUUUGAGUGCUGCGUCGGUGGUGGGGUGUGUGAUUUGGUGAGCAGGUAGGAGGUAGGGGAUCUGCGGUGUAGGAGUGGUAGAUGGGUGGGUGCGAGAGGGAGAGAGGGAGCUAGUACGUGAGUCGGUAG